UUGCGAUUCGGUUAUUUGGACAUAGAAGCUAAAAAGAACUCUGGAAAAAUGUUCCGUUUGCUAACAAUCCUAUCGCUGUUCGCGCUGUCGUUCGCGGCGCCUGCGCCUAAACCGGUGGUGGUGUACCCCCCCGUUCUCCCCCCGGUGUACCACCCCCCCGUGCUGCACUCCCCGUACGUGCACCACGCGCCUGUAGCGGUCUCGCACGUAAGCGCGGUCUACGGACACCCCCCCGUGCUACCCGUGAGGACCGUGCUACCCGCUGCACCCAUUAUACCCUCAUCCCCGUUUUUAUACUAAAAAGUGUAAAAUGAGGGGAUGCGUUCUUAAACCGUCUAGAUGUGAAUGGAAGAAAUUUGCCACUAUGAUAGGCUAUUUAUGAAAAAGAUUUUAUCCUAGGUCUAGUUAUUUUUUAAAAGUAAGUAGUUUAAGUUUGUAAUGUUUUGCGGAAUAUUAGUUACUAUAGCACUUUAUUAAUAUUGCUGUUCAGACGUGAAAAGUAACAACUGUUUCUAUUGUAAAUACAAUGUUUCUUGUAGCUUUCGGUAGAUAACUUUCAGCAUUUAAUGUAUUUAACAUACGGAGCUUUAUUUAUCAAUUUUCACUGUUCUAAUUUACUUAUAAAGAAAAAGGUACUUAAUUUUUGUGUAGGUCUUUUUAAACUAAACUUUAAUAAAUAUUUGUGCACAUACAUAUUUCACAAGACAAACUUUAAACUUGCUCUUUGUACAAUAUUUUUGUAAGGUGGUCAAUCUCUAGCCCCUAGACUAGACCUGGAUAUUUUAAGACAUAUUCUAUUCUAUUUUCUUGUUUGUGGCCGAUUUUAAGACCUAAAUAUUCCUUAUCUCUAGACGUUUUGGAACUGACAGCUGUCAAAUUGUUGUAAACGGAGUUCUGCAAAUGAAAAUGGUUAAUGUUACGAUAGUCCAGAAGCAACAGUCAACACGAAAUUAUAAUAA